AUGCCGCUGCUGCUGCGGUGGCUGCUGCUGCUGCUGCUCAUGCAGGGCGCCGCGAGGGCUUGCGGCCCCGGCCGGGGCGCCGGCCGCCGGCGCCUGGCGUCGCGACGCCUCACGCCGCUCGUCUUCAAGCAGCACGUGCCCAACGUGUCCGAACAUACGUUAGGGGCCGCCGGUCCGGCCGAGCGGCGCGUCGCCAGAGACGACCCGCGCUUCAGGGACCUCGUGCCCAACUACAACGCUGACAUCGUCUUCAAGGACGAGGAGGGGACCGGAGCCGACCGCCUCAUGACGCAGCGCUGCAAGGAGAAGCUGAACACUCUGGCCAUCUCGGUGAUGAACCAGUGGCCUGGCGUGCGACUGCGCGUGAUCGAGGGCUGGGACGAGGAGGGUGGCCAUGCGGCCGACUCCCUGCACUACGAGGGCCGUGCCGUCGACGUCACUACGUCGGAUCGUGACCGCAGUAAAUACGGAAUGUUGGCACGCCUGGCGGUCGAGGCCGGCUUCGACUGGGUGUACUACGAGACCAGGGGCCACAUCCACUGCUCCGUCAAAUCCGAGUCGUCGCAGGCGGCGAAGUCCGGAGGCUGCUUCGCGGCGGAGUCAACGGUGCAGACGCCGGGCGGGCGGCGCGCGCUGGCGGAGCUGCGGGUGGGCGACGAGGUGCUGGCGCUGGACCCGGCCACGGGCCGCCUGGCCUUCAGCCCCGUGCUGCUCUUCCUGGACCGGGACCCGGCGCCGCGCACGCUGCUGCGAGUGCGCACGGCACGAGCUUUGCCUAGCAGAAUUAGCAACAGGGAGUUGAACUUCCCACAUUUCUACAGCAAAUACCAUUAUAGCCACAAAUGCAGUUGGUCUGAAAGUACUAAUAAACCGCAACAUUUUGCAUAUCCUAUUUCUAUUUUAUGA